UCUUCAACCUUUCCCACUCCACUACGAGGUAUUACGACUCUCUCUCUCUCUAUCGUAGUACCAAGUAGGUAGAAUCGACUUCUAAGAAUAACUCCCUAGGUAUGGGUAAGCUCAACACCAAGUUUCCCCAUAUUUUUCAUUACCUGCGAGUCCGCCACGGUCCUGGUUCUGUUGUGAAUGAAAGUAUCCACUCGGAAAGCAAAAGCUACAUAUUCCGAUACAAAACCAUCGAGUCCACCACAGUGACCACACAUCACACACCAUCCACCAUCCACCAUCCACACUUCCCACACCUCCCACACCUCCCUCCCACCUUACCGGCUUUCAUUCAUCCAUGACCAUCUGAAUCACCACCAAGAUCACAAAUCAAAUUCAACCGACUGGAUGUUGGGAAUCCAGCCGUCUUCUCUUGCUUGUCUCGACAUUUCUCUCUCCCACGCCACACCACGCCGUACAUACGAACCAUCUGUCGCACUUACCUAACUCUAGCCAUUCUAUCCAUCCGACUCCGAUAAACUUUCCACCCAUUACCCAUUUCGGCCCAGGUGUUAGUUCUCGGAUGACCUUCCCCCCCUUUCCACUUACGUUACACGGCUACCGCGUGUCGUAGUAUAAGCCGAGGAGUUGCCACAAUAUCCAAAUAUGUGUCAAGGUCAUACCUGUCUUGAAUAAAUAAAGAUCUACUUGGAUCAUUUUCAUGUCAAACUUUUUGCUCAUCAUUCCUAGCCUUUCCCACACGUCUAAUCAAGGGAUUCCGGUUUGAUGAUUCCCCAUCUCCACCCUCGUAAUUUCUAAUACCUACUCGUACCGUACACGCAAUAGCUAUGACCCGGACCGAGUGGACCAUGAACAAAGCGAUCUUUCAAGAAUCAAGAAUCAAGAUGCAAUUAAUCACAGCCAUGGCCGCCAUGCAUCUAGCUUGUAGCUUCUUCCUCUCAUUACCUUACCCAAGAAGAUGGGUUGAUGAACAAUCAUGGCUGAGCGUGAACGCUUGAGAACGCUUGAGAACGCUUGAGCCCAGGCAAAUUCUAAUAACUCUCUGUUUCUCCAAGUGAAUACAAUACUCCAUAAUGGCAUAAUUGAUAUGACAUGACCGGAUUGGUUCUAUCAUAUUAAAGAACCUUCCCAACCCCGUGUAGCUGGGACCGAUUUUUAUAUUUCUUUUUCAACAUUCCAUCCAUCUCUCCUAUCUUUUUCCUUGAAUCUACCUGUCGUCCUACUUUUGUUGCAGAUUUUGCAGCCGGAAGUCACACCAGUCCAUACAAACAUCUACACGACUUUUACAACAUCUUUCUCUCAAUAUUAUUCAUCACUCACUCACCUUCCCAUUCUCUCACUCAUUACACACGUUCACAUAUACGUAGCAAUACGACCUACGUUUUAUCAUACAAACCAAUCCCUCCCUCAUGUAGCAAGGAAGAGAUUUUAUUCAUCUUUUAAUCUAUUCGACCAAGUUUCUUGAUAUAUUUCUGCCUGUCCUCCUUCCCUGCUAUAUAUUUACUUUUCCCCAUUCCAAAAAAAUAAAAGUUUUUGCUUUUCAAGUGCCUACAGUACAUACAUAUGCAACGGCUCGGAAUCGGCAUCUUGUCAAAUCUAUCAAUCAAAUAUUCUCCGGAUAUGCAGGUGCAAACGCCACUUGCGCAUGGAUUAUCGGGAAUGCCUGCCCGGACUUCGAUGAGUCGGUCUGGGCCAUCGUUGGGACUUUCUGGAAUCUCUUUGGUGCAUGCAGAGAAGGAAGAAGAUGUUGUGGGGAAUAUAAAUAAAGGCUUUCCAAUGGUCUCAGAGGGAACACAGUCUCAUCCUUCCUCUUUCAAUUCAUCUUCGGCUUCAUCUUCAAGAGAUAGUAUACCAUACCCGGACCUCAAAUCUUUAUCAUCGUCAUUAGCCUUCGGAACACAGAACGGAAGCAAUAUGUUGCUUGUGGAGUCUCUCGUCUUCUUUGCUACGGCAUGCAUUUUAUAUAUCCUCAGCUCUCAACGAAAGACUCAUACACGACGUCCUCAGAAUGGAAGUCAUAAGAGAACUUCUCCUUCUACAAACUCACCCUCAAACAUUACAAAGUUCCUCCAUAACCCUCUCACCCAAAUUUCCCACCUACUAUCAUGUAGCUCAUCCACAUCAUCUACCUCUCUCUCCACCCCACCCCAUCAACCUCCCAAAACCCAGCCCGGUCCUCAGAAACCACCCUAUGCUCUCCCACCACUCAAACCCACCUCUCCCCAUCCAACCUCAAUGGGUCUCAAACGUCUUGACAAAUCCAAUUGGCUCACCAUCGACUCCACCUAUCUCGCCGAGCAUGAACUCCGCGCUUCACUCCUCGAAACACAUGGACCAUGCGUCUUACAAGUCUUACCCCCAGCCAUCCCAGCCACAUACGAACUCCUCGAAAUGGUCAUUGAGUUUCUCCUAGAUCGAUAUCCUAAUGAUUUCUCCCUCGUGGACGAAAACACAAUCCUCAAUAAGUUAACAGGAGAGCUAUCUAUCAUUGGUUCGAAAUGUAAAAGUCCACUCGAGACAGCAGCUCGUCUCUGCAUGGAAGAUUUCAAUCUCUUGUUACAAGAUCCAUCCGAAGAAGAUGGAGAAUGGAAUUUAAUGGCUUCCGCCACGCUCUUUCCCGCAGGCUGGAAAUUGCAAGAGAGAAUCGGAAGCAACAUGGCUGUACUACAUAAACCCGUACCAGGAUGGAAAGAAAAGUUAGGAAAGAGUGUCAAUCGCUACUUCACCCACCUCACCCCGCGCACCUGCAUGGAACGCUCCAACCUCUUCAUCCAAACCACCCCCAUCCUCUUCCAAGACAUUCCCGAAGCCCCUCCCUCCCCCUCUUCCCCACUCACUCCCUCAGACAUCUACAUCCGUCGCGAACGGCAAACCUUUACUCGUCUCCCGAAAUCCAACGCGGUACUAUUUACCGUACGCACGUACAUGGAAAAAUUAGUCGACGUCAAUAGUGCGGAUGCGGAAGCCAUGGCAAAACAGAUUCGCGGGUGGGACGGGGAGUUGGCGCGAUACAAGGGCGUGGGCAUUUGGGGCGAUGUAACGUUGGGGUAUUGUGAUGGGAGGGUGGAGGAGAGGGAGAAGGAAGAGGAGAGGUUGAGAAGUUUGAGGAGAGAUUCGGGGAUUAGUAUGGGGUGUGAGGGUGAGGAUGGCGGGGAGGAGUUGUAAUGUGCAUGGAUGGAUGCAUGCAUGAACAUACGUUUGGAGUUUUCACAUUCGGGUUUCACUUUGACUUUUCAGUCUGGAUGAACGAAUGCGUGUGGGGGGUCUUCACUUCUUGAGGUCUAAAAAGCAUUCGCAUUCGCAUUCGCAGUCACAAUGGAAGGAAGAAAGAAAGAACAAAAGAAAGAAAGAACAAAAGAAAGAAAGAUCAAAAGAACGAAGCAAGGAACUAAUAAAUGAAUAAACACGAACGAACGCACGGGAACCUGGCCACGGGAGGAAAAUCUGCUUUUCAAAAAUUUUGCAAAAAUUUCCGCGACAUGGGGAUCGGAUGGGAUUAAUUUUACAGGAAAAGAACAGAACUGUUUUAUUUAGGGGGGUUUGGCAUGGCUUUCAGGGUUUUCAUGCGUGGAUUUUAAUAUAUGGGGUAGUCAAGGGGGGAGGAGAGAGUAGAUAGAGGAGAGGAGAUGAGGAAUGAGAUGAUGGAGAUGGAGAUGGAGAUGGAGAUGAAAUAAUAUCUGAUGUGUACAAUGAGAUGAGAUGGCUAUUUGCCUACCUGGUACUUAGAAAAAUUGAUAGAGAGUUUAAGA